GUCAAAAGAGGAGGGGGGAUGGUGGUGAUGGUGGGACAGAAGAAAAAGGAAGGUGGACAAGUUGGUAAUUGCAGAUGGCAUGAAAAGGUUUGAUACGCGUCUCUAUGAGGUCCAUAUUCCAUUUCCAUUACCAACCUCACAACCCAUCUCUUACAAAUCACUCGUUCCUCUCCUUUCUCUCUUCUCAAUCCCAUCCCCAAUCUCUCUUAACUCUCUCCCUCUCUCUCUCCCUCUAAACAGACCAUGGCUCAGAAGGCAGAGAAGAACGAAACCGAUUUCAAGGUCCCUGAAACCAUCACCCCCUGCAGCACCAACCCCGCCACCAUUCCAGAACCUUCUAGAUUCUUCGACGCAUCCACCACCGCUCCCGCCGCGUCAUCGCGCUCCCCCAAGAGACCCCUCCCUCCUCAAGACCCCUUGCAAACCGAUCAAGCCCCGUCCUCCGAGCCCAAGCGCGCCGUCAACCGCUGCUCCGGCUGCCGCCGACGUGUUGGCCUAACCGGAUUCCGUUGCCGGUGCGGCGAACUCUUCUGCGCCGAGCAUCGCUACUCCGACCGACACGACUGCUCCUACGACUACAAAGCCGCAGGAAGAGAAGCCAUCGCCAGAGAAAACCCCGUCGUCAAAGCCGCGAAGAUCGUCAAAGUUUGAAACCCUAAAUCGGGGAUGAAUCUCGAGAGAAAAAAGGAAAACACGAAACUACGUUGAAACGACGCGGUUGAAAGGCUAAACUUGCAGCGAGGAACUAUUCCGAUCGCGAUUAGUUAAUUACGCGCGUCUCUUUCUCCGAGACGCGACUCGGGCGCGUGUGUGAAGCUGAGAAAUUGUAACACGAAAAGAUGAACUUCAUCUUUUUUAUUUUCUUACAUAAUUUCUAAAUUUUUAUGUUUUUUUUUUUUAAAUUUGGGCUUGGAAAUUUUUAAGUUAUUGUGUUGUUUAUUAUGUGAAUUUUAUCUUUUUUUGGUUUGGUAGGACUUGGGAAGCAUAGGAUUCAGGGGUGUGGGAGAGUAAAUUUUAAGGGGAUGUGAGGAUAUAAUUGUCAAUUUGUGUUGUACUUUGAAUUUGGAAUUUUCGAGAAUGGUGAUGAUGAUAGAAAGUUGGGUGGACCCACAUGAUUUGACAUGUGACGAUUGUUUUCGCGAUAUAUUAUUGAGUGGGUGAGUUCGUGUCGUGAUGUAGCCGCAGCGAGAUUUCGUGCUUCCGGUUUUUUGUUUUCGGGGACAGUGACUCGUAACUUUUGGCGCAUUCUAGCCAAUAGGGUUGCGCCACGUGUAUGAUAGAUAAUUACGUUCUGCUUUUAUAUUUUUUCGAUGGAAGAAUCCCGAGGGAAUGUCAUGAUCGAACGCCUAGGAUUUGGUGGCGGUGGAUGCCAUUUGAGCAUUAUUUUGUUCUUUUAUAAUUGUUUU